CCUCAAGCACAGAAACCCAAACAGCAAUAGGAGUCCCAACAAUGACACCACCAAAACCCACAUAUACCAAUCAACAACUAGAGUUAUACUUGAACCGCAUCAGGUACACCCACUCCGCUCAAUCCGAGAACACCGCUCAACCAGAGGGCAACCUUCUUCAGCAUCUCCGCCAAGAUAUUGAGAACGAUGCACUUUCUGCGCUGUGUAAUCUGCAACGGCGGCACCUCACUGCCAUUCCAUGGGGCAACUCAGGGCUGCAUUACUCGCAACAUCAUACUAUCUCUCUGAACCCGCAGAGUCUCUUUGAGAAGAUGGUGGAGCGGCAGCUAGAUGGGUACUGCAUGGAGAAUACGGGACUCUUCUUUAUUGUCUUGCGGUCCCUGGGGUAUCUUGUUUACGCCACUGGAGGUAGAGUCAGUCAUGCUGCGGCGAAGGGUUUGGAUAAUGGAUUAUAUUUGUCGUUUGGACAUAUGGUUUUGAUUGUCAUUAUUGGAGGAGAGAAAUACAUGGUUGAUGUCGGCUUUGGAAACAAUUGUGCCACUGCUCCACUAUUACUUCAAGAAGGUGCUACUGCUACGGCCAUCGCGCCGUCCGAGAUGCGUAUUGUCAGAGAAAGCAUUGCCGAGUUCACGGACCCGAGCCAAAAACUCUGGAUCUACCAAACAAGAUACAACCCGGAAAGCAAGUGGUUGCCACAAAUCUGCUUUUCCGACGUGGAGUUCCUACCGCAGGAUUUCGGGGUUAUGAACUUCUCCGUCAGUCAGAGCCGAACUAGCUGGUUCACCCAGGUCUUUGUCUGCAUGCGAAUGAUUUUGGACCAAGGUGGCACAGGGAUCAUCGGUCAGUGCGUUAUGUCUGGCAAAGAAGUCAAGGAGAGAUUGUGCGGGCAAACGGAGGUCUUGCAGGUGAUGGAGACUGAAGAGGACCGCGUCAAGGCCCUGGCUAAGUAUUUCGAUAUGCACCUUCGUGAGAAUGAGAUCCAAGGUAUUCGGGGAAUGACCUCGGAGCUCAAGUAGAGUGAGCGGACUACUAGAAUCCCU